CUUUAUGCUACUGUUGUUGCAUGUUUGACGAGCUGGAGGUAAUUUUGAUAGUGACUAACUGUUAUACUACGCCUAUAGAUGACGUAACACCCCGAGAGCCUGUCCCAUUAUUAGCUGCCCCUUACAAAACCGUGUUCCACAGGUCGCACAAGUGUAAGCCCAGUGUCACGCUUCAUUUCACACCAUGCGCACUGAACUCGUCUGACCUGGAACCUUCUCAAACAACCGGUCGGGGCUUCUUGCAGCAUGCCCCGAACAAGCACUACCUCCUUAGUCGUGUUCUGUGUGUAGCAACAUUCAACCGAAGGGAGGCAACUGCGUUGAAGCGAUAUUUCGGAGAAGAUCUGUUGACCCUUCCAGGCUAUUCAGUGACGUUGUUUGUGAUCGCGAGGAGUACAAGAUGUUUCGUCCAGAUUUGCUGGUUCUCUUCAUCUUACUUGGAAGUUGUUACGUAACAAUUAAAGGGGAUCGGACCACCAACCUUCCGCUCUCUGGGCAGACUCUCACAACACGGCUGCCUGGUAGGAUGAGAAGUGGGCGAUGAAUUAUUUCAAGUCUUUUGAUGUAGAACUUGUCUUCACACCGUGCAGGGCAUAUUGUAAGCUACACAGUGGAUGAGAGUCACGCCGACCUUCCAGUUGUGACGUGGUGGGAGACGAUUGGUGAAUAUUCUGAUUACGUCAUUUCCUGUGAGGCGGAGCAGAGAUGUGUCGUGUCCAGAAACAAGACAGCACCGCCCCGGCAGCAAGUAAAGAUGUACUUAUUUUACGGCUCACUUUUCCUGUCGAGUGGCCUCCCUUUGCCAAGGAAAGAUGGCGACCUUUGGGCACUUGUUCACGAAGAGUCACCGAAGAACAAUGAAUGGCUGUUUUCGUUCGAGAGCACCAUGGAGCUGUUCAACUACACUGCAACCUUUCAGCGAGGGUCAGACUACCCCUUCCCCACCCACUGGCUCACAAACCUAGAUGCAUUGCUGAGUAAGGAAUAUUUAGUCCCGACUCACAAGAAGAACCUGCUGAGAACAGAGGGUGGUCUCGCUCCCAUCAUAUUUGUCCACAGCGACUGCCACACGCCGUCCAACAGGGAGCAGUACAUCAAGUUGCUACAGAAAUACGUCGAUGUCGACUCCUACGGCUCCUGUCUCCAUAACAAGGACUUCCCAGAGGAGUUAAAGGAUGUGGAUGGUAUGGGUGGUUAUAUGAAGGAAGACUUUUUCAAACUGAUUGCCCGCUACAAGUUUGCAAUAGCUUUUGAGAACGCCAUCUGUGACGACUACAUCACAGAGAAGUUGUGGCGCCCUCUGCAGGUGGGAGCUGUCCCUAUCGUGCUCGGCUCGCCGACAAUCAGGGACUUUUUGCCGUCCAACAAGUCAGCGAUUCUCGUGGAAGACUUCGCCAGUGUUGCAGAAUUGGCCGAGUUCAUCAAACACCUUGACCGGAACGACGAACAAUAUGAGUCAUAUCGCCAGUUCAAACAUACGGGUAUUUCAAACCCAACCCUGAAGUCAGAAGUAAGCCGACUGCCUCAUGCCCAGUUUGCUGGCGAGACUUUCGUCAAGGCUGUUAUAGGAUACGAGUGUUUUAUCUGCGACAAGCUGCACAAGGCACUUGAUGCCACAAGGUCCGGAGGACCCCUGCCGAAGGCACAAUCCAAUCAGAAACAUCUUGAUUGUCCUUUACCUUCCGUAAAGUAUGACGAAAACGGUAAAACUGUCCAUGACCCUCUUCGUGAUCGCGAGGUGGCCUUCUACAAGACGAAUGCGGAGGUGUUCCGCCAGUCCUAUGAAGUGGGUGAAAACAUCACAGCUCACGACCUCUAUCUAGCAACCACUCAGAGAUGGAAAGACGCAGAUGUACAUAAGGACGAAUUAUGAUGCAAGUUUUUGUAUAAUAGGGAAUUGUUUUUGUAUUAGGGUCAUCUUAGGGCUCUUCUGGUGUUGGGGGCACGGGUGUCCCAGUCGUCUAAGGCGCCGCCAUUCGCUGUGCAGAGUUGCGUCCCUUGGGCUCGCCAGAAACCUAUGAUUGUGGGUUCGA